AUGAAGGGAGUUCACAACUUAGCAAAAUGGUGGUCAGACAUUCAUGUUAUAGGAAAGCAAAUUAGAUUAAGAGCAUCGUCCAGCUUUACUAUUCCCUCAGCCAAGUCACCUCUGCUCCUCUCUCAUUACGAAGGUACCACAUCCAGAGAUAUGCCUGCCAAGAAGAACGGCACCUCAGUGACCCAUUUCAUCCUGCUUGGCCUCACACCUGACCAACCACACCUGCAACCACUGCUUUUUGGGAUCUUUGUAUUGAUCUACAAUGUUACUGUAAUGGGUAACCUGGGCAUGAUCAGCCUGAUCAGUACUGACCCGAACCUUCACACACCCAUGUAUUUCUUCCUUGGUGUUCUUUCUUUCAUUGAUACCUGCUACUCCUCCGUGGUCACCCCCAGGCUGCUGGCUGAUCUCCUUGCCACAGACAGGUCCAUUUCAUACACAAGCUGCGUGGCCCAGAUGGCCUUCCUGGUCCUCCAUGGGACACUGGAGUGCCUGAUGCUGGCUACUAUGGCCUAUGACCGGUAUGUGGCCAUCUGUCAUCCCCUCUCUUACCACCAACUCAUGUCCAAGAGUGUGUGUGUAAAAUUGGUGGCAAUCGCUUAUACCUUGGCCAUUGCCAACACAGCAGUGCAGACCCACAACGUGUUCCAGCUGCCCUACUGUGGCCCCAACCUUGUCAAUCACUAUUUCUGUGACAUCCCUCCAGUGCUGCAUCUUGCCUGUGCUGACACUAGCCAAGCUAGGAAAGUCCUCUACAUCUUCUCUGCUUUGGCCACAGUCACUACAUUUUCCGGCAUUGUGAUCUCCUACGCCUACAUCCUGGUCACUGUUAGCAGGAUGAGCUCUGCAGCAGGCCAGCAGAAAGCCCUCUCCACUUGUGCCUCCCACUUUGCAGCCAUCACCCUCUUCUAUGGCACAGUCUUCUUCAUGUACAUCAAGCCCAGCACAAACAAUUCCAUGGACAAAGUAGCAUCUGUGUUCUAUUCCAUCAUCAUCCCCAUGUUGAACCCACUGAUCUACAGCCUGAGGAACAAGGAAGUCAAGGAGGCAUUGAAAAGAAAGAUCUAUAGGAAGACAUUUUAA